AUUGCAUAAUUUUAAGACAAUUUUCUGAUUUUCAAUUUUUGCUUCGGUGGUGGGUGAGUGAGAGAUGGGCCAAGAAUCGUUCAUAUACAGCUUUGUGGCUCGGGGAACUAUGGUACUGUCGGAGUACACGGAGUUCACCGGAAACUUCCCGGCGAUUGCGGUUCAGUGUCUGCAAAAGCUGCCAUCUUCGAACAACAAGUUCACUUACAACUGUGAUCACCACACUUUUAACUUCCUUCUCGAGGAUGGUUAUGCUUAUUGUGUUGUUGCCAAAGACUCGGUUGGCAAGCAAAUUUCCAUUGCAUUUUUGGAACGUGUAAAAGCAGAUUUUAAGAAAAGAUAUGGCGGUGGUAAAGCAGAUACAGCUGUUGCAAAGAGUCUGAAUAAAGAAUUCGGACCUGUUAUGAAGGAGCACAUGAAGUAUAUAAUCGAGCAUGCAGAUGAAAUCGAGAAACUACUAAAAGUCAAGGCUCAGGUCUCAGAAGUCAAAAGCAUUAUGCUCGAGAAUAUAGACAAGACUAUUGAACGAGGGGAGAACUUGACUAUACUUACCAACAAGGCAGAAGAUCUACAUAAUUCGGCCAAACAAUUCAAGAAACAGGGGACAGAAAUCCGUCGCAAGAUGUGGUAUCAGAACAUGAAAAUAAAGUUGGUCGUACUAGGAAUCAUCGUCUUUUUGGUACUCAUAAUCUGGCUUUCUGUUUGCCACGGCUUCGACUGCACCAACUAGCAUAUCUUUCGCUCAGAACUGGACCGACUCGAUUCACUUCCAGACAGGACACUAAAAACACUUCAUGCUACACGGCAACAGAAUUUCCGUGCUUUUGUUCUUGAUUUUUUCUUUGGAAAGAAGGAAUAGGGGAGAUUGAGGUUUGUUGUGGUGUUGGAAUAUAGUGUAUUGUUUAGGCUAUGAGAUUAAGAUAAGAUGUAAACAUGGUUUAGAUUUGAAGAGUACAAGGAUGUUUGAUGAAAUAGAAUGAGAUACAAUUCAAUUGUAUAUUAUAUGUAUGAUCAACAGAGUACUAUAAUAGAAUAUAUACACUACAACAAGAAUAGAGAAAAGGUGCAAUCUAGUUUAGCUGUUUUGUUUCUUGAUUUA